GCUGCGCCCGCCGCGCGCGCCCGUCCGGCAGCGCACGAGUUAAGGCUGGCACCGCGCCCGGCGGGAGGGGGGCGCCCACCUCCCCUCCCCCCCGCGCCGGGCAUGCGGGGCCCGCUGGGCACCGAGGAGGCGCUGCCGCGGCUGUUCGCCGAGGAGAUGGAGAACGAGGACGAGAUGUCAGAGGAAGAAGAUGGGGGCCUGGAAGGCUUCGAUGACUUUUUCCCUACGGAGCCCAUGAGCCUCCCCAAGAAGAAGAAAGCUAAGAAGCUGAAGGACAGCAAGUCCAAGGGGAAGCGGAAGAAGAAAGAGGGGAGCAAUGACGAGCUGUCGGCCAAUGACGAGGAUCUGGAGGAGAGGUCGGAGAGUGAGGGGAGCGACUACUCCCCCAACAAGAAGAAGAAGAAGAAGCUCAAGGACAAGAAGGAGAAAAAAGCCAAGCGGAGAAAGAAGGACGAAGAUGAGGAGGACAAUGAAGACGGGUGCUUAAAGGAGCCCAAGUCCUCGGGGCAGCUCAUGGCUGAGUGGGGCCUGGACGACGUGGACUACCUGUUCUCAGAGGAGGACUACCACACACUGACCAACUACAAGGCCUUCAGCCAGUUCCUCCGGCCGCUCAUUGCCAAGAAGAACCCGAAGAUCCCCAUGUCCAAAAUGAUGACCGUGCUGGGGGCCAAGUGGCGGGAGUUCAGCGCCAACAACCCCUUGAAGGGCAGCUCCGCGGUGGCGGCAGCAGCGGCCGUGGCUGCAGCUGUGGAGACGGUCAUCAUCGCGCCUCCGCUGGCCGUCAGCCCCCAGCCGGUGCCCCAGCCUGUGCCCCUCCGCAAGGCCAAGACCAAAGAGGGCAAGGGGCCCGGAGUGAGGAAGAAGAUGAAAGGCCCCAAAGACGGGAAGAAGAAGGGGAAGGGCAAGAAGGUGGCCGGGCUCAAGUUCCGCUUCGGGGGCAUCAGCAACAAGAGGAAGAAAGGCUCCUCGAGUGAGGAGGACGAGCGGGAGGAGUCGGACUUGGACAGCGCCAGCAUCCACAGCUCCUCAGUGCGCUCCGAGUGCUCUGCAGCCUUGGGCAAAAAGAGCAAGAGGAGGCGCAAGAAGAAGAGAAUUGAUGAUGGUGACGGCUACGAGACUGACCACCAGGAUUACUGCGAGGUGUGCCAGCAGGGCGGGGAGAUCAUCCUGUGUGACACCUGCCCGCGGGCCUACCACCUGGUGUGCCUGGACCCUGAGCUGGAGAAGGCUCCUGAGGGCAAGUGGAGCUGCCCGCACUGUGAGAAGGAAGGCAUCCAGUGGGAGCCGAAGGAUGACGACGACGAGGAGGAGGAGCCCGGCUGUGAGGAGGAGGAGGACGACCACAUGGAGUUCUGCCGCGUGUGCAAGGAUGGCGGCGAGCUGCUCUGCUGCGACGCCUGCCCGUCCUCCUACCACCUGCACUGCCUCAACCCGCCGCUGCCUGAGAUUCCAAAUGGUGAAUGGCUCUGCCCGCGCUGUACUUGUCCCCCACUGAAGGGCAAAGUCCAGCGGAUUCUACACUGGAGGUGGACCGAGCCCCCGGCACCCUUCAUGGUUGGGCUGCCGGGACCGGACGUGGAGCCAGGUGUGCCUCCGCCCAAGCCACUGGAGGGCAUCCCGGAGAGGGAGUUCUUUGUCAAGUGGGCUGGGCUGUCCUACUGGCACUGCUCCUGGGUGAAGGAGCUGCAGCUGGAGCUGUACCACACCGUGAUGUACCGCAACUACCAAAGAAAGAACGACAUGGACGAGCCGCCACCCUUCGACUACGGCUCUGGCGACGAGGAUGGCAAGAGUGAGAAGAGGAAGAACAAGGACCCCCUCUAUGCCAAGAUGGAGGAGCGCUUCUACCGCUACGGCAUCAAGCCCGAGUGGAUGAUGGUCCACCGCAUCCUGAACCACAGUUUUUUGUGUCCCAGCUUCGACAAGAAGGGGGACGUGCACUACCUGAUCAAAUGGAAAGACCUGCCCUACGACCAGUGCACCUGGGAGAUCGACGACAUCGACAUUCCCUACUAUGACAACCUGAAGCAGGCCUACUGGGGCCACAGGGAGCUGAUGCUGGGGGAGGACACCCGGCUGCCCAAGCGGCUCAUCAAGAAGGGCAAGAAGCUGAAGGACGACAAACAAGAGAAGCCGCCGGACACUCCCAUCGUGGACCCCACCGUCAAGUUCGACAAGCAGCCCUGGUACAUCGACGCCACGGGCGGCACACUGCACCCGUACCAGCUGGAGGGCCUCAACUGGCUGCGCUUCUCCUGGGCGCAGGGCACCGACACCAUCCUGGCCGAUGAGAUGGGCCUGGGCAAGACAGUGCAGACCAUCGUGUUCCUCUACUCCCUGUACAAGGAGGGCCACUCCAAGGGGCCCUACCUGGUCAGCGCGCCCCUGUCCACCAUCAUCAACUGGGAGCGCGAGUUUGAGAUGUGGGCGCCCGACUUCUACGUGGUCACCUACACGGGGGACAAGGAGAGCCGCUCCGUGAUCCGUGAGAACGAGUUCUCCUUCGAGGACAACGCCAUUCGGAGUGGGAAGAAGGUGUUCCGCAUGAAGAAAGAAGUGCAGAUCAAGUUCCACGUCCUGCUCACCUCGUACGAGCUCAUCACCAUCGACCAGGCCAUCCUGGGCUCCAUCGAGUGGGCCUGCCUCGUGGUGGACGAGGCCCACCGGCUUAAGAACAACCAGUCCAAGUUCUUCAGGGUCCUGAACAGCUACAAGAUCGACUACAAGCUGCUGCUGACGGGGACCCCCCUUCAGAACAACCUGGAGGAGCUCUUCCACCUACUCAACUUCCUGACACCGGAGCGGUUCAACAACCUGGAGGGCUUCCUGGAGGAGUUUGCGGACAUCUCCAAGGAGGACCAGAUCAAGAAGCUGCACGACCUGCUGGGGCCACACAUGCUGCGGCGGCUCAAGGCGGACGUGUUCAAGAACAUGCCGGCCAAGACUGAGCUCAUUGUGCGUGUGGAGCUGAGCCAGAUGCAGAAGAAGUACUACAAGUUUAUCCUCACUCGCAACUUCGAGGCGCUGAACUCCAAGGGGGGUGGGAACCAGGUGUCGCUGCUGAACAUCAUGAUGGACCUGAAGAAGUGCUGCAACCACCCCUACCUCUUCCCCGUGGCCGCUGUGGAGGCCCCUGUCCUGCCCAACGGCUCCUACGAUGGCAGCUCCCUGGUCAAGUCCUCAGGGAAACUCAUGUUGCUGCAGAAGAUGCUGAAGAAACUGCGGGAUGAGGGGCACCGCGUGCUCAUCUUCUCCCAGAUGACCAAGAUGCUGGACCUUCUGGAGGACUUCCUGGAGUAUGAGGGUUAUAAGUAUGAGCGGAUUGACGGUGGCAUCACUGGGGGUCUCCGGCAGGAGGCGAUCGACAGAUUCAACGCCCCUGGGGCCCAGCAGUUCUGCUUCCUCCUCUCCACCCGUGCGGGUGGCCUGGGCAUCAACCUGGCCACAGCAGACACAGUCAUCAUCUACGACUCGGACUGGAACCCGCACAAUGAUAUCCAGGCCUUCAGCCGUGCCCACCGCAUCGGGCAGAACAAGAAGGUGAUGAUCUACCGCUUCGUGACACGGGCCUCGGUGGAGGAGCGCAUCACGCAGGUGGCCAAGCGCAAGAUGAUGCUGACCCACCUGGUGGUGCGGCCCGGCCUCGGCUCCAAGUCGGGCUCCAUGACCAAACAGGAGCUGGACGACAUCCUCAAGUUCGGCACCGAGGAGCUGUUCAAGGACGACGUGGAGGGCAUGAUGUCCCAGGGCCAGAGGCCGGCCACGCCCAUCCCCGAUGUGCAGUCCUCCAAGGGUGGCACCCUGGCGGCCGGCCUGAAGAAGAAGCACGGUAGCACGCCUCCAGGCGACAACAAGGACGUGGAGGACAGCAGCGUGAUCCACUAUGAUGAUGCAGCCAUCUCUAAGCUGCUGGACCGGAACCAGGACGCUACGGACGACACGGAGCUACAGAACAUGAACGAGUACCUGAGCUCCUUCAAGGUGGCGCAGUACGUGGUUCGCGAGGAGGACGGCGUGGAGGAGGUGGAGCGGGAGGUGAUCAAGCAGGAGGAGAACGUGGACCCUGACUACUGGGAGAAGCUGCUGCGCCACCACUACGAGCAGCAGCAGGAGGACCUGGCCCGGAACCUGGGCAAGGGCAAGCGCAUCCGGAAGCAGGUCAACUACAACGACGCCUCCCAGGAGGACCAAGAGUGGCAGGAUGAGCUCUCGGACAACCAGUCUGAGUAUUCCAUUGGCUCUGAGGACGAGGACGAGGACUUCGAGGAGCGGCCAGAGGGCCAGAGUGGACGGCGACAGUCCAGGAGGCAGCUCAAGAGUGACAGGGACAAGCCCCUGCCACCUCUCCUUGCUCGAGUCGGUGGCAACAUCGAGGUGCUGGGCUUCAAUGCGCGGCAGCGGAAGGCCUUCCUGAACGCCAUCAUGCGCUGGGGCAUGCCGCCCCAGGAUGCCUUCAACUCCCACUGGCUUGUGCGGGACCUGCGCGGGAAGAGUGAGAAGGAGUUCAGAGCCUAUGUGUCCCUCUUCAUGCGACACCUGUGCGAACCUGGGGCCGAUGGCGCCGAGACCUUCGCGGACGGUGUGCCGAGGGAGGGGCUGUCUCGGCAGCACGUGCUCACGCGCAUCGGGGUCAUGUCGCUGGUUAGGAAGAAGGUUCAAGAGUUUGAACACGUCAAUGGGAAGUACAGCACCCCGGACCUGGUCCCCGAGGGGCCCGAGGGCAAGAAGCCGGGCGAGGUCAUCUCAGACCCCAACACACCUGUGCCUGCCAGCCCUGCCCACCUGCCACCUGCCCCACUGGGCCUGUCAGACAAAGUGGAUGCCCCACUGGGCUACGGAGAUGAGAAGGAGCCAGGGCUGCAGAAGCCAAAGAAACCCCUGGAAAUCCAGGUCCUGCCAGCUGCCCUGGACAGAGUGGAGGGGGAGGACAAGCAGGAGAGCUUAGACAGCAAGGACAGAGCCCGAGACGAGCGGCCGGAGGAGAUGGAGAAGGCACAGGCCUCCCCGGAGCAGCUACCCAAAGAGGAGGCGCCCCUCGAGAAGGAGAAGGCCCCAGACAAGCUGGACCUCAGGCUCAGCCACAGCAGAGCGGACAGUGGGGACUUCAGGCCAGAUGACACCAAGGCGGACGAGAAGGAGGCCAUCGAGAUGCAGCAGAAUGGUGACAGAGAGGAAGACGAGGAGGGCAAGAAGGACGACAAGAAUGGGAGAUUCAAAUUCAUGUUCAACAUUGCGGACGGUGGCUUCACAGAGCUGCACACGCUAUGGCAGAACGAGGAGCGGGCUGCAGUGUCCUCGGGAAAAAUCUAUGACAUCUGGCACCGGCGCCAUGACUACUGGCUGCUGGCUGGCAUCGUGACGCACGGCUAUGCCCGCUGGCAGGACAUCCAGAACGACCCCAGGUAUCUGAUCCUCAAUGAGCCCUUCAAGUCUGAGAUCCACAAGGGCAACUACCUGGAGAUGAAGAACAAGUUCCUGGCCCGCAGGUUCAAGCUGCUGGAGCAGGCCCUGGUCAUUGAGGAGCAGCUGCGGAGGGCCGCGUACCUCAACAUGACCCAGGACCCCAACCACCCGGCCAUGGCCCUCAAUGCCCGCCUGGCUGAGGUGGAAUGCCUGGCUGAGAGCCACCAGCACCUGUCCAAGGAGUCCCUGGCCGGGAACAAGCCGGCCAACGCCGUGCUGCACAAGGUACUGAACCAGCUGGAGGAGCUGCUGAGCGAUAUGAAGGCGGACGUGACGCGCUUGCCCUCCAUGCUGUCCCGCAUCCCCCCGGUGGCUGCCCGCCUGCAGAUGUCAGAGCGCAGCAUCCUGAGCCGCCUGACCAACCGUGCUGGGGACCCCACCAUCCAGCAGACAUCUAGCCGACCCCGCAGCGUCCCCCCGUUGCAGUGCUCCCUUCCAGCUGAGCGCGAUGCCGGGCCACCUGCUCGACCCCCACGGGAGAGAAAAGCUACGGACUUGUACGAGCCAGUGCCCCCUCGGGACAAAAAGGGAAACCGAGUGAUGCUAUCACAUGGAGGACGAGGCCCAGCCCGGCUGGGCCAGAGCCCGGAGGCACCAUCUCGUCGUAAUUCAAGUCUUCUUCCACGUGGCACUGCACCCACGGCCACGCGGAUGUGCCCCUCCACCCCUCUCAGAGCGACUCCCUAGAGGAGAUUCAUUUAUCUGUACAUCUGUGCACUUUCCUAUCGGAGACUCGGAUGCUUUUGUCUUGAUAAAAGGUGGCUGACAUAUGGAGGAUCCUGGCCUGGAGCAUCCAAGGCCCUGUACCAGGCUCUGGACCCGAAGGAAAACUCCCUGACUGCUCAGCCAGAGAGGAAGCAGCCCCUGGUGACCUAAUUAGCCUUUAGUGUCCCUCGCCCUGUCCAUCUGGCUUUGUGACGCCCUUCUGCUCUGUCCCCUGCCUGCCUGGGACCCUGAUGCUGGGUGGGCAGGCAGGGAGUGGCUGUCUGGCCCGGGGGUGGGACACUGCCUGGUACCAGGUCCGGAGGUGUUUCCCGCUCCCUUCAUGCCAGGCCUGGGGACCCUCAGAUAGAGGCUGUCUCCUGGGGAAGGUGGGCACGUGUCUGUCCCUGGCCCAGCCUGUCCAGGGGGCCGGACUCUGUGGUUCCAGCUGAGGGGCAGUGGCCUUGUGGCCCAGGGCAGGCCAAAGUGUAUGUCCUAGAGUGGGCAGGGCCUGAAACUGACAGCCACUGUGGGAGGGGCAGAGGGUCCCCAUCUGCCGGAAGUGUGGUUGCAGGCAGGUGUAGCUCCAGCCCCGGCAGAGAGGGUCGUGGUCACAGGGUGGCCCAGCAGUCCCACUCCCCUCUGGGUACAGACUUCCCUGUCCAGACGCCCCUGGGCCACAGACACCUAGGAACCAGACCACCUGGGGGCAGGCGUCAUCUCUCUCCUGUCCCUUUGGGGCACCAUGUACUUUGCUGAGUUCUUGGAGGGCCGGGACUGGACCCAGUGGCCCUGUCUCCCAGGCGCCUGCCUGAUUCCCUGCAGGAGCAGCCUGGAGCCUCGGCCCAUCUCCUGGGUACGCGCUGGGGUGCCUCUGUGGUACUGUGCGGUGGCCUGGCUGGCCUGAGGGUGGAGGGAGCUGGGAGUUUCCCUGGGGGACCCGGGAGACAGACUCUCCGAGCGUGAGGAGGGAACCCUGAGCACGGCAGCAGGAGCGGCACUGGCUGGGCUCUCUGAGGAAGGUGUGAGACACAGUGUCAUGGAUCCCUGGGGAUUGCUGGGCCCUCGCUGAGCCCCAGGUGUCCUUGUCUGCAGUGUGGCUCUUUCUCUGAACCCCCAGAGGCCAGACCCCUAAGCCCCUUCCACUGUGGCUGGCUUCCCACACACCUGUCUUCAUCCAGAUCCGAGGGGGCAGAGUGGGGUGCCCCGGAGGUGGGGAGCAUUGCAAGGGGCCCUGAGCAAAGCAGGGGCUGGGUUUUGCUGCUCGCAGAAUGGGGGAACCUGUGUGUUGCCAAGUCUCGGCUGGCAGCCCACGUCCACGUUUCCUGCCACGUUAGUUCCCCAGCAGGGCUGGGUUUCUGCAGAACCACCUCUGGUCAAAGGUCUCAGAGGGAGCUCAGGUGACACUGGCAGUUGGGCAUGGAGCCAUGAAGCAUGCUGUGUCCCGGGGACCAGCCUGAGCGGAGGAGAUGCCCCUGGAAAGCAACCUUUGGAAGCUCCCCUUGUCCUGUGAACCUGGCUUCUCCCUGUGCGGAAGGUCAUCCGGGUGCCUGGGUCCCUCCAUCUGUCCCAGGUGCUGCUGGUGGGUGGAGCAGAGGGUGUGGGGGGGAGGCCCCUCUGGGUGCCAAGCGUAGGUCACCUGGAGCCUCCAGCAUGGCUUAGAAAGAGGAGGGGACCAGGAGAGGGUGAGGCCACGCUGCCGUCUGCCCACUGUUGGGUGGCCUGGCAGUGCCCAUGGGCACCAGUUGGUCUAGAAAGGAGGAAGUGUGCCCACCCCGUUUUACACACCGGAAGUUUACAGUUGUGGUACAUCAGCCCAAAGGCACUGGCGUUGUUGUGUUCAUCUUCCCCCCCUUAAUUUUCAGAUUUUUUUUUAACAAAGUAUUUUUUUAGGUGCGGUGACCCAGAAAGGGCCCGUUGGGUGUGUGUGUGUGUCCUGAACUCUUCUCCUACAGAACGGAGCCGGCCUGGGUUGAGUCUGGGGUCGCACUGUCCCCAGCUGAGGGCCUUGGGCAAGCUGGGGCGCGCAGCCAGGGUCCCAGCGGGGAGAGGUCGAGCUCUGGAUGCUGGGCCCCCUGUGACUUGUGACUUGUCCCCGGUCCUGGCCUGAGGGAGGCUGGGCAGACUGUAGCCAGCACAGUCCCCUUUACUUUGUACUCUGUGUGUAUGUUUUGGUUUCUGUGUUUUAAUAAAUCCUUUGGGAAGGGAA